AGCGGCUCCUCCAGCGAGCAUUGGUACAGCUAUGACACCUUUGGCAUUCACGUGGCUAUUGUGGACUCCAUGGCCCCGCAUGGUCCUGGAACCGAUCAGUACAAGUGGUUGGUUCAGGACCUGGCUGCUGCCCAAGCUCGCCGCACCGCCAACCCCGAAGCCCAUCCCUGGAUCAUGGUUAUGUGGCAUUUCCCCAUGUACGUCUCCCAUCUACGUGGGCAUGAUCACAAACAUGACAUGAAGCCCGCUCAGAUGCAGGAGUUGCGUGACUCGUUGGAGCAGGUCCUGCUCGACCAUCAAGUCGACUUUCUCCUCACGGGUCAUGACCACGUUUAC